CCCCACUCCAAUACAUUUAAAUAGGUGUCUGUAAACCCACUGAACAUUUUUAUAACCAGGUUGAGCAUCUGAACAAGGUAUUACUGCACCGUUGGAGCUAGGAACAUAAGCAUUACGCUACACCCGUGAUUACAUCUGCCAAAUAUGUACCCCAAGAUGCAGGCUCUACAGGUUUUGUCUCUGACUCUGCUGUCCGUUCUGGCAGCUAACGCCCAGACCUUCCGCCCUGGAAAAUGCCCCCAACCCCCCGUUCAGGCAAACUUUGACACCGCCAGGUAUCUGGGCAAGUGGUAUGAGAUCCAGAAGCUCCCUGCCAUCUUCCAGAAGGGCGAGUGCAGCACUGCCACCUACUCCUUGAAGAGCCCCGGAGUAGUUGGUGUGCUCAACAGGGAGCUGCUGUCUAACAACACUGUCAAUGCUAUUACUGGCUAUGCUAAGGUCAAGGACCCCUCUGAGCCCGCCAAGCUGGAAGUCACCUUCUUCGAGGACUCUUCCCCUGGCCCCUACUGGGUGUUGUCCACUGACUACGAGGGCCACUCUGUGGUCUACAGCUGCACUGAAUACCUGGGCGCCUUCCACGUGGACUUUGCCUGGAUCCUGAGCAGAGAGCCAACCCUCUCUAAGGAGAAACUUGGGGAGCUGUACAACGUGUUCACCUCCAACGGCAUCAACAUCGACGUGAUGACCGUCACCGACCAGAGCCAAGAGCUGUGCGUUGACAUGCCUCUGUGGGCCUAAGAGACUACCUGAUUCAGUCUAGAAAAUGCAUAUGUUUUACAUUCAUCACAUGGCAUGCACAUAGAGUCCAAAUUAUUAGGAAAUGUAAGCACCUUCAUCUGCGUUUCAGCUGUGGAUUUGAUCUACGCAGGUGCUAGCACCAGCCGAGCGAGCCUCCCUCUUUAGUACGAGUGAAGUGAGUUUGGAACAACUGAAUGUAUGCUCCUUGGAAGUAGUUUUCACAUACAAACAUGUUUACAAAUUAAUACAAAAUUAAAAGCUGAAAUUGAUUAUAAGUAUUCAAUCCCUUUGUUAUGGCAAGCCUAAAUCAUUUCAGGAGUAAAAAUGUGCUUAACCAAUCACGUAAUAAAAUGCAUGGACUCAUUCUGUGUACAAUAAUA